UUUUGAAUUGCAUAUUCUCGAUGUCCAGCACCUUGGAGUCAGCGCAUAAUUUAAACUUCAUAUAUGAAUGAUCAACCUGUUAAAUCUGCGUUUUCUCGUAUAUCCCUAUUGGUGUUGAAUGGUUGUUGAUUCUCCAGUUGGCAGCGAGCAGGCAAUGACGCAACACGUGCAGCACCUGAAAGCACCGGAAUUGCUCGGCCUCUUCGACCAAACGACUUUCGCUCCCAUGGCGGAUUGAUGCCCACGCAAAGGCCUUAUCCUGCUAUUUCAAUGAUAUCCGCAAUCAUCUACAGGCUCGUGUCUGCAUGAGAACAUGAGGACGGCCGUCCUCUUUGGCCGUUUCUGUCUGAACCGUGGAAGUUCACAGCUGCUAUCCCGCUUCACUCCGCCGUCUCGAUUACGCUUCGCUCGCCCGCCAUCAUGGCCGCAAAGACCUUGGAAAGGGUCUCGGGGAAGGAUACCCGUCGGAGGAACGCUGCUAGUUGCAGCGCUGACUCCUGGGGCAUUUUUAGACAUGGUAGAAGGUGGUGAUGGGCAUGAUAAAACUGGUGAGAUGCAGAUGCUCGAGGCAUCGCGCCGGGAGAUCCAGAAAAGUGUCGCGGAGGAUGCACAAGGGGCAUCCAAACUUCGUCAGUCGCUAUAUGUCUUUUGGUACUACUAUGUUUACGACCCAAUAACUACGGGCUUCAGGUUCGUUCACCUGGCGAUUAUCUUCUUACCGGUCAUUUUUACGGUUCCGGCUGUAUGGUUCGGGAGGCGAAUCGAAAAUCGCAACGGAGAGCGAACAGGGACAUUGUGGUGGUAUAGUUUUCUGGUCAGAUCAAUGGAACGUGCGGGCCCCGCGUUUAUAAAACUCGGACAAUGGGCAGCAUCACGAACCGAUAUUUUCCCCCCUCAGUUAUGCAAUACUCUGUCCUCACUACAUUCAAAUGCUCCGGCUCAUCCAUUGCACGAGACCGAGAAGACUAUAAUCAAGGCUUUUGGUGGAAUACCGUUUGAUGACAUCUUCGAAGAAUUCCAAGAAAAGCCGCUUGGAGUGGGCGCGAUUGCACAGGUCUACAAGGCGAAGUUGAAAGCAAAUCUGGCCGUGACUGAUGAGAAUGAUCUUGCGCUUGAACCUCAGAGCUUGAGGCACAAAGUACGGAAGAAUGUCGAUGUGUUAGUCAAGAGUUCACCUCAGCGGGUUCCUUCGUCCUACGUGGCUGUCAAGGUGCUUCACCCAAAUGUUGAACGUGUUAUCCACAGAGACCUGAAGAUUAUGUCCUUCUUCGCCUCCUUGAUAAAUGCGAUUCCGACUAUGCACUGGUUGUCGUUGCCGGAUGAGGUUCAUCAAUUUGGAGAGAUGAUGAAGCUCCAGCUAGAUCUGCGAAUCGAAGGAACUAACCUUGUGGUCUUCCGCGAAAAAUUCAAGUCACGUACGACGGCUUGGUUUCCUUACCCAUACCUAGAUUAUAGCACCCGCGAGGUGCUUGUCGAGGAAUUCGCGCAGGGUAUCCCUUUGUCAACCUUCAUGGAGAUGGGAGGGGGUGUCUACCAGCAAGAGAUAGCGAACGAAGGACUGGAUGCAUUCCUGCACAUGUUACUAAUCGACAACUUUGUUCAUGCCGAUUUACAUCCUGGUAAUAUCAUGGUCCGCUUCUAUCAGCCUAGUGAGCUGGAUUUGUCUCUUCGAAAGCACACCCGCGCAUCUGAGGCCCCCACUAGGGCAGAGGUCGAUGUCACAGAAACUAUACUUGCACGACUAAGACCCCAUCUCAGAGAUCGGGAGGGUUGGACAAAUGCCCUCAAUCAAAUGAACGCCGAGGGAUAUCGUCCACAGCUCAUCUUUAUUGACACCGGCUUGGUGACUCAACUCAAUGAAACAAACAGGACAAAUUUCAUCGAUUUAUUCCGCUCCGUUGCAGAAUUCGAUGGAUAUAGAGCGGGUCAGCUCAUGGUCGAGCGAUGUCGUCAACCCGAAGCAGUCAUUGAUCCAGAAAUUUUUGCUCUAAAGAUGCAGCAUCUGGUCUUGAGUAUCAAGUCACGCACGUUCGCCCUGGGAAAUAUCAAGAUUGGUGAUAUUCUCAGCGAAGUUUUAGCCAUGGUUCGGGGUUACCACGUUCGUCUCGAAGGUGAUUUUGUAAACGUGGUGAUCUCCAUCCUCCUGUUGGAAGGCAUUGGGCGCAAUCUGGACCCAGAUUUGGACCUAUUCAAGAGCGCCUUACCUAUUCUGCGACAACUUGGGUCUGGCACUACAUUCCUGCAGUCUGUUCGUUCAGGUGAUACUUCCAUGCUCCGCGUUUGGGUCGGGCUUGAAGCGCGUGGCCUACUUCAGGCCAGCAUUGAAAGUGAUCUUCUUUAUAUUCAUUGAUGUAUAUAAACACACACACACACACACACACACUAACACUAUAUUGAGUACAUGCGGCUCAUACAGUAAUUUGAAAUAUCAGAUGAAUCAGUGUACGAAUCAGAGGAAAGCAAAUCUAUAAAGAAUCUAGAUGUUGAAUACAACAUAGCGUAUGGUUAUAAUACAAUAGAAAUUAGGUACUACUUCAUAUCCUUUAUACCAUUCCUCUGACGGGCGAUACACUCUUCUCUCUACGAGGCUUGAUUGUAUUUGUGUAGAACGUUACUACCAUAGA